AUGUCUAAUCAAGGUAAAAAUCGAAAACGAAAGUGGGACCUCGAUGAUCAAGGUAAAGAAGCCCCACCAUCAAAAACUGAUACUUCACCACCAGUGUCCAAACAGGCAAAGCUUGAAAAGAGUAGUGAUGUAACUGGGUCUGGUGGUGUUUCACCGACACCUUCGAACUCGGACUCUGUUGACCCAAACAUUGCAGCUGCUGUUGCCGCGGCGAAACUUAAAGCUAUGCUUGCCGCGAAGGGAAUUCAAGUCCCCGUUAAAACUCCUGCGACGGGUGUUAAACUUCCGGCUCAAACUCUUGUAAAAGCAGACACUACUACUACUGAUAAUAGUAAUAAUAUAGAGGAAAACAAACAGAUUCAAUCGGCUAUUAAGGAAGCUGAUAUGGAUUUCAUCAAGGAUAUUACGAUAAACGAUUGUAAAAACAGAUAUUUGCUAACAAAAGGAGCUACUCAGCAACAGAUUCAAAAGGAGACAGGCGCAGAUGUAACGACGCGAGGAAAGUAUUAUCCAGAUAAAAGUCUAGCCACCGAUAAAGAUCCACCUCUAUUUUUGCAUGUCACAGCUCCAACGCAAGAAGCGCUUGAUCAAGCCGUGAAGAAAAUUGAAGAGUUGAUGGAACAAGCUUUUACUCCUGCACCCACAACUCCAACAGCUCGUCCAGGACCCACAACACAUACGGGCACUCGUCAUUUUGUGCAGGACAAAGUAUUUGUCGGGAUAGAACCUGAUCGUACUUUUAAUGCGCGAGCAAAAAUAGUUGGCCCUCAAGGAGCUUUUGUUAAGCAUAUUCAACAAGAAACUGGAGCUAAAGUGCAGCUGAAAGGACGAGGAUCUGGUUAUAUUGAGCCUACUUCUGGCACAGAAGCAUUCGAACCUCUCCAUAUUCAUAUUACUUGUUGGAGUCAAGAGGGUUUAGAUAGGGCAAAAGAAUUGUGUCAGAGUCUUAUUAAUUUUGUAAAAAUAGAAUGGGAAAAACAUAAAGUACAGCAGGCAGCAUAUCCUUCUUACGGAAGGUCACCUUAUCCUAGGCCUCCAGUCUAUGGACCACCACCACCACAAGGAGGGGCAUAUCCACUACCUCCAACAAACCCUCCGUUGCCUAGUGGACCACCCCCUCCAAUAAGUGGACCACCUUCUUCCAACGGGAUAACUUCAUAUAACCCAAGUGGCACUAAUACAGCAUAUAGCGCUAAUACUAAUACUGCCUAUAAUCCAUAUAAUCCCUAUAAUCAAACAAGAUAUUAUCAAUAUCCCCAAUACACUAGUGGUUAUUAUCCUCAAACAUCAGCAUCCACGAACAUGAAUGCAACUGAUCCUAGUUAUUAUUAUGGUUAUGCAGAAUCGUAUGAUACUGAGGUUGGUUAUUGA